AGCAACUACUUGGUGUUCAUGGCAGAAUUGUUUUGGUGGUUUGAAGUGGUAAAGCCAUCAUAUGUACAACCUCGUGUUGUUUUGCAUCCCCAAGCUGAACCUGCAAAAGAUACAGCUUCUGCUCACAGCUUGAAUGCUAACAGGAGAAAUUACAUGGAUGGCCCAUCUGGUUCUGACUGCGUAGCCAGAUUGGAAAGUCCAACUUACACGCCAUCUCACCAACUGCAUACACCCCAGCAGCCUUAUUCAUCUGUUCCAGGCGUCAUCAGAAGGUCCACAUCAAUGUCUUAUGUAGAUGGGUAUGUAGGCACAUGGCCCAAAGAAAAAAGGUCAUCAUUACAUGGAGUUUCAUUUGACAUUUCUUUUGACAAAGAAAAAAGCAUUCCAGUAUCUACUCCAAACAGAGGAAUUACUAGAUCUGUGAGCAAUGAAGGCCUUACACUAAACAUCAACCGCAUGCCAAAGCAUAUUAGAAAAAAUCUGUCCUUCAAACCAGUAAACGGAGAAGGGGAAAAUCAAGAUAUUGAAGAGGAAAAGGACAUGAUAGCUCAUAAAGACACAAAGGCCAAUCAGUCCCUUAACACAAAUCAAAAAAAUGCCAAUGAGAGCAGCCACUACAGAUUUCCAAACGGAGCUCUGCAAAACAGGGCAGUUCUGGAUGAUUUUGGCAAUCAGAUUGAGACACCAAGCAUUGAAGAGGCUUUGCAGAUAAUUCAUGACACUGAAAAAUCUCCCAGAGUUAUCCAACCGGAUCAAAUUACAAAUGGGUUCUUUCUUCACAAUCAGGAAAUGAGCAUCUUGAAUUCAAACAUUAAACCAAAUCAGUCUACCCCGGAUAUAAUUACAGACACAAAAGGUGCUCUAAGUCCUGUGACUGACAAUACAGAAGUAGAUACUGGAAUACAUGUCCCUUCAGAAGAUAUUCCAGAGACAAUGGAUGAGGAUUCUUCUUUGAGAGAUUAUACUGUAAGCAUGGACUCUGACAUGGAAGAACCAUCUAAAUUUCUCCAGGAUUAUGACAUGCGAGCUAGCAAUCACAGAGAUCAAUUAAGUCCCUGUCCCAGCUCAGUAAGUACUAAAUCACAGGCAGGCAGCAGUGCUUCUUCAAGUUCGGGGGUUAAAAUGACUAGCUUUGCAGAGCAGAAAUUCAGGAAGUUGAAUCACACAGAUAGUAGAAGCAGUGGAAGCAGUUCUCAGAAAACCACACCAGAAGGUUCUGAGCUGAACAUCCCUCAUGUGGUUGCUUGGACUCAUAUUCCCGAGGAAGCAUCUGUUCCUCAAGGAAGAGACACUACACAGUUACUGGCUUCUGAAAUGGUACAUCUUAGGAUGAAGCUAGAGGAAAAGAGGCGAGCCAUUGAAGCACAGAAGAAGAAAGUUGAAGCUGCAUUCACAAAGCAGCGGCAGAAAAUGGGAAGAACAGCAUUCCUUAAUGUUGUGAAAAAGAAAGGUGAUGGAGUAUCACCUCUCCGAGAAGAAGCAGCAGGAGCCGAAGAUGAGAAGGUAUUCACUGACAGUAAUCGGUUGAAAGAAAAAGAAACUCAAAAAUCAGAUGAACAAACCAGUAAGACUUCAGAAUUAAUAAAAGAAAACCCUGAAAAUUCUCACAGCAAAUGGUUAAAAUCUCCUGCUACUCCCAUGGAUGCUGAAAAGCAAUGGAAUUUAGCAAGCCCCUCAGAAGAAAAUUUUAACGAAGGAGAUAUCUUAGAAUAUACAAAAUCUAUUGAAAAACUAAACUCUUCUCUACACUUUCUGCAACAAGAAAUGCAACGUCUAUCCCUUCAACAGGAGAUGUUGAUGCAAAUGAGAGAGCAACAGGCUUGGGUUAUUUCUCCUCCUCAGCCUUCUCCUCAGAAGCAGAUUAGGGACUUUAAGUCUUCAUCAAGGCAAAUGGGAACUCCAUCUCCCAUUGUACCUUUCUCACAGGAAUCUCCUCGCUCUACACAUCAAUCUCCACAGUCUUCCAACAGGAAGAAUGCCUCUUUUCACAUUAAAAUGCAAAGGACUCCUAGGCCAAAUGAACUGAAAAUAACACCUCUAAAUCGUACCUUGACUGCCCCGCGGUCUGUGGAUAGUCUUCCCCGUUUGAGGAGAUUUUCUCCAAGUCAGGUUCCUAUUCAGACUAGAUCAUUUGUUUGCUUUGGAGAUGAUGGUGAACAUAUAGGUGAACCUCAGUUAAGGGGAAAUCUUUUGAAGGAAGUCAAGCCUAUAGAAGAGGUAGCAAAAGAAGAAGGACCAAAACUGCUGAAACAGUGUGAACAGAAGUUGGAGGAAAAGGAGAUUAAGCCUAUUGAAUCUAAUGUUUCUGAAGUAUUAUCCCAGCCUAUCACAGAAACUGUCUGCCUCACCCCAAAUGAAGAUCAGCUAAGCCAACCGAUUUUACCAACACCAGCUCCCAAAACAGCUAACUUAAUUGAAGUUUCCCUGUCAGAUUUGAAGCCACCAGAAAAAACUGAAGUGUCUGUUGAAAAAUACGAAGGUGAGAGUGAUAGAGAACAAUUUGAGGAUGACCAGAAAGUGUGUUGUGGAUUCUUUUUUAAGGAUGAUCAAAAGGCAGAAAAUGAUAUGGCAAUGAAACGAGCAGCAUUAUUGGAGAAGCGUUUGAGACGGGAAAGAGAGACUCUGCUUCGAAAGCAGCAGCUGGAAGCAGAACUGGAACAUAAGAAGGAAGAGACAAGACGCAAAACAGAAGAAGAACGUCAGAAGAAGGAGGAUGAACGAGCACGGCGAGAAUUUAUUAAGCAGGAAUAUAUGAGAAGGAAACAACUAAAGCUUAUGGAAGAAAUGGAUACUGUCAUAAAGCCACGUUCCCUCUCAAUCAAACAAAAAAAGCAACGUCCAAAAUCUAUUCAUAGGGAUCAUAUUGAAUCACCUAAGACGCCAAUCAAAGGUCCACCAGUAUCUAGUCUUUCAUUGGCAUCGCUGAAUACAGGGGACAAUGAGAGUGUGCAGUCAGGCAAGAGAACACCAAGGUCUGAGUCUGUGGAAGGAUUCUUAUCUCCAAGUCGCUGUGGUAGUCGUAAUGGAGAAAAAGAUUGGGAAAACGCAUCUACAACUUCUUCAGUCGCCUCUGCUACAGAAUACACAGGACCAAAGCUCUUCAAAGAACCCAGCGCUAAAUCCAAUAAGUAUAUAAUUCAGAAUGCGCUGGCACAUUGCUGCUUGGCUGGAAAAGUAAAUGAAGGUCAAAAGAAAAAGAUUCUGGAGGAAAUGGAAAAAUCCGAUGCCAAUAAUUUCUUAAUCUUGUUCCGGGAUUCAGGCUGCCAGUUCAGAUCUCUGUAUACAUACUGCCCUGAUACCGAAGAAAUCAAUAAAUUAACGGGAAUAGGUCCCAAAUCUAUCACAAAGAAGAUGAUAGAGGGACUGUACAAAUACAACUCUGACAGGAAGCAAUUUAGCCACAUACCUGCUAAAACUUUGUCUGCUAGUGUUGAUGCAAUUACCAUUCACAGCCAUUUGUGGCAAACCAAGAGACCAGUAACUCCUAAAAAACUUUUACCCACCAAGGCAUAGUAGAUGGGAAAAAAUUUGCUUCAGACAAUUAUGAUAAACUUGCACUUCAUCUUUACUGCCUAUAGGAAAUAGAUUUCUAGUUGCCAACAAGACUCUUA